UACUCAUUUUCAGUAUAGUUGUUGCAUUUAGUGAUAAAAUUACAAUUUACGGUUUAAAGUUAUUUUGUGCGCAAUGAAAGAACUUUCUGAAAAAAAGGACCGCCGUAGGACAACUUCACUCAAUACUAUGUUCCAAGACAUGGAAUUGGAGGUUUUAAAACAAAAUAUUUUUAACAAGCAUAAGCAAGUGGUGCAUGAGAUUGAUGAAAAAUUAGAUAAAAUAUUUGACGACUUUUUAAUCGAAGUGAAUAAGCUAAGCUUAAAUCGUUUUGAAGUAGAAAAACUUUUUGAUGACGGUUUAAAUGGGAAACACAAAAGCAAGGCUGAAAUCACUGUCAAACAAAGUGACAAACCUAAAAAAUUUGAGCCUAGAGUUAAACUUCCAGAAAAGCAUUUCCAACCCAGGAACGCCCUACUCACAGACCUGUUUGAAAUCAAACACCUAAAAACGAUUUAUCACAUUUUUAUCGUUAUCUUCAACUUGCUAUUACUUAACGUUCUCAUAGCAGACUUUGCUGAUACGGGCAAAAUAAACAUAGGCUUAGGCCCGAUUAUAACUGGCUUUGGAGGUUUUCAUUAUGCUCUCAUCAUCUGGUGCAUGAUGCAAACAGUAACUUUUGGACUUUUUCCAGCAUUUAAUAUUUGGUCAGUAAUAACAAGGAAAUUUUUCAUAAAAAGUGACUUUGCUAUUAUAUGGCACAUGUUCAGUGUCUUAAUUGUCGCAAUGUACAUGAUCAUAUUUACAUUGGUAUUCACAAGAAUGGUUAUUUACUUUGAUAUGGCACCAGCUUCAUCUGUAGCAGCAUUAAUGGAAUUAGUAAGGUUCCUCAUGAAAUCUUAUGCAUUUAUAAGAACAAACGUUCCACGUAUCUUAAAUUCAAAAAAUAAACUCAAAACAGAUGAUAAUGAAUGGAACAAACCACAAUCAAAUGGAAAAAUGAAAACAAUAGAAAAUUUUAGAAUUAACGAAAAACGCCUUUUUCCAACUUUUGGGCAGUACGUAUAUUUCCUUUUCGCACCCACACUUGUUUAUCGGGAUGAAUAUCCUCGUACUAAACAAAUAAAAUGGAAAUUCGUUGCCAAAAGUUUCAUGGAAGUUAUUGGAGUAAUUUUCAUCUACAGUUUAAUUUCAGAGCGGAUCAUGUAUCCAGUUUACAAUCAGUUUGGAUCACAAGGAUAUGAAGUCAAUUUUAAGGAUUUAUUAGCAUCUGUAUUUAACAGUAUGUUGCCUGGAUUACUAUGUUUCUUAUGUGGAUUCUACUGUGUUCUUCAUUCAUGGAUGAAUGCAUUUGCUGAAAUGUUAAAAUUUGCUGACAGAAAAUUUUAUAGCGAUUGGUGGAACAGUUCAAACUUUACUGUCUAUUAUCGAACUUGGAAUGUUAUUGUACAUGAUUGGCUUUACCUUUACGUUUACAAAGAUUUAUAUGAAUAUGUAACAGGACGUAAUCGUGUUUUAUCACUAUUACUCGUAUUUACUCUAUCAGCAAUUUUUCACGAAUAUAUUCUUGGAUUCACCUUUAAAUUUUGCUAUCCUAUUUUAUUCGUGAUGUUUCAAGGCGUUGGUGUUGUGCUAAUAUUUCUCACAAAAAAAGAGCACAAAGCUUUUGGAAACAUUUUUAUGUGGCUUGCAAUAGCUAUAGGAAUGGGACUUAUACUUAGUUUAUAUCACAUGGAAUUUUAUGCAAGAAAGAACUGUGACUUUGAUCGAGAAGACUGGAGGAACUAUUUUAUACCAAUUUCAUGGUCAUGUAAUGGAAUAAAAUUUAGCGACAAUUGGGAAAUGAAAAUGCAUUUUUAAUUUUCUGUUUUGUAAGAUUUAUUUAAAACAUGUAAAUCUGUAAAAAGAAAAAUACAUUAAUAAAAAAUGAAAAUAAACUUUUAGCUUAUUUAUUUAUGAAUUGACAAAU